CUUUCACUCAUUGAUUGUAACUCAAGUCUCUCUUAACUCUGUUUCUUCGCCCAGCAGCCAUGGAAGUGAGGUUUCUCCUUCUGGUGUGGCUUCUGCUGGGUCAUGUGGCGUCAAGUAAUCCUGUCUCCGUGCGGAGUGCGGAAAGGCAGAGCACUAACCCGUUUCCUAGCAGCUUCCUGUUCGGGACUGCUUCUUCUUCUUAUCAGUUCGAAGGGGCUUACUUGUCGGAUGGUAAAGGUCUCAACAACUGGGAUGUUUUCACCCAUACUCCAGGCAACAUAGCGGAUGGAACUACCGGAGACAUCGCCGUUGACCACUACAACAGAUAUUUGGAAGACUUGGACUUAAUGAGUUAUCUCGGUGUCAAUAGUUACCGUUUCUCGAUAUCAUGGGCGAGAAUCCUACCCAAGGGGAGAUUUGGAGUGGUGAAUCAGGCUGGCAUAGACCAUUACAACAACUUAAUCAAUGGGCUUUUACAGAGAGGUAUCCAACCAUUUGUCACGUUAGUUCACUAUGUCAUACCCCAGGAACUUGAAGACAGAUACAGAGCUUGGCUGAGCCCUCAAAUACAAGAAGACUUCAGAUAUUAUGCACAAGUGUGUUUCAGAUCAUUUGGGGACAGAGUGAAGCACUGGGUUACAUUCAAUGAGCCCAACGUUGCAGCGAUUCGGAGUUAUCGAUCAGGAAUCUCCCCGCCAUCUCGAUGUUCUGGUUCGUUUGGGAACUGCAGCCAUGGAGAUUCAGAGACAGAGCCUUUCAUCGCAGCACAUAACAUGAUCCUGUCGCAUGCUGCCGCUGUCAACCUUUACCGGACCAAAUACCAGAAAGAACAAGGAGGCAGCAUUGGGCUAGUUCUGAAUGCCCUGUGGUACGAACCCAUCAGCGAUUCCAUAGAAGAUCAGUUGGCAGUUGAAAGAGCCCUGGCUUUCUUUAUGAACUGGUUCCUUGACCCUGCCAUAUUUGGAAGAUACCCUAAGGAAAUGAGGCAGAUUCUCGGGUCGAAACUGCCCGAAUUCUCGAGCUACGAAUCGAGGCUUCUGAGGAGGAUCGGUCUGGACUUCAUUGGGAUCAAUCAGUACACGAGUUUCUACGCAAAGGACUGCUUGUUUUCAUCGUGUGAACAAGGUCCAGGAGCUUCAAAGACAGAGGGACUGGCUUUAAGGCUUGAGCAGAAGAAUGGUUCUUACAUUGGAACACCGACUGGAGUGGAUUGGAUAUUUGUUUAUCCUCAAGGGAUGGAAAAUAUUGUGACAUAUAUAAAAGAGAGGUACAACAAUGUACCCAUGUACAUUACAGAAAAUGGCAAAUUUCUCAUGGAGCUAGGGUUUGGGCAGACUCAGGAUUUGCUCAACGAUGUCAAGAGGGUGGAUUACAUGAACAGCUAUUUGGAUGCGCUAGAAACUGCAGUCGGGAAAGGAGCAGACGUGAGAGGGUAUUUUGCAUGGUCACUGCUAGACAACUUCGAGUGGACAGCAGGGUACACAAGAAGGUUUGGAUUGUACCAGGUUGAGUUCCCCAGCUUGAAAAGGAUCCCAAGACUCUCGGCAACUUGGUACAAGAACUACAUUGAAAGCUUCAAGGUUGUGGAGAGAAGCUCCUCCCUUUGA